CCAGUCGCGACUCGCGAGUCGCCCGCAGCAGCUUACAUCGCCGUCUAUAGAGUGCGGGCAGCGAUCGCCCGACCGUCGUCGUUCGUGUGACAGUGCAGCAAGCCGCAGAGCCCAGGACUCCUAAGUCCCGGGUCGAUGGGGCGUCGCGCUCGCCGUGUGCGUGCCUGAGCGCGCAGGGGCGCGGGGGCGCGCGCGCCUUUCUCUGCACUUACAAGCCGGAGCAGCUGUCCGGACCUCGCGACAUGUCUGCGCCAGCCGAGCCCCUUGGACUCCCGGAGCUUCAGCCUCUGCUGCCGGCGCACUGAUGCGGCUGCUUCUACCGUCCCAGCGCAGCGCGAGAGCUGAGCGGCGAUUCUCCCUCUAGCACAAUGGGCGGCCUGGCAGCAGCGGCGGCAGCGGCGGCAGCAGCAGCAGCAGCAGCAGCAGCAGCAGCAGCACCGAGCGAGCAGAGCAUCGUCAGGCGCAAGAAGAGACUAGAGCGCGCCGAGAGUAGUUGAGGCGAGCGCAGGGCCCCCCGCCAAGAGGGGCCGACUACCAGCCGCAGCAGUCGAGAUGAGCGAUCUACAGGCGACCCUCGAGUUCUCCCUCGAGCUCUGCAAGUUCUACAACGUCGACCUCUUCCAGCGCGGCUUCUACCAGAUCAGGACUUCGCUCCGGGUCUCGCCCAAGCUGCCCAUCAAGGUCGAGGUCAACCAGCCCCGCAACCACUCGCUCGAGGCGCCGGGCACUUCGAAGCGCUUCCAGAUCCUCUACCGCAACGAGGAGGUCGCGCUCGGCACCUCGGUCCUCUUCAGGGCCCACGUCCUCGUGCACAGCCACAAGAUCGAGGAGGCGCUGCAGCGGGCCCACUUCCACCUCGGCGUCGAGCUCUGGUUCGGCGAGCCCAGCCAGCCGGCCAACAUGGCCUGCGUCUCCUCGCGGGCCCUCCAGCUCAACUUCGCCCCGACCAAGGGCCUGCACUACCACCUGCCCGUGCUCUUCGACUACUUCCACCUCGCGGCCGUCUCCCUGACCAUCCACUGCUGCCUCGUCGCGCUCCACCAGCCCAGCAUAAAGAAGAGCAUCCUGCACUACGUGCAGAGCUGCGCGCCCCGGGGCUCCAAGCUCAAGCAGCAGCAGGCCAUCGAGAGCAACGGCCUGCAGCAGCAGCAGCAGCAGCAGCAGCAGCAGCCGGCCGACUCCAAGCCGACGACGACGGCCCGGGACGGCUCGGCCGGACAGCGGGUCCAGCACGCCAAGCUCGUGCAGCAGGAGGUGACGCGGCUGCUGCUGGCGGCGCGCGAGUCGCUGCUCGGCGACCUCGCCGACAUGGCCCGGCUGCUGCCCUCCUGGCAGCAGCGCGCCCUCGAGGUCGCGCAGACCGCUCACAAGGAGCUCAGCAGCAAGAUGAUGGAGGCCGGCCCCGAGGAGGCGGACAUCGCCCAGCUCUGCGCCCAGAACAUCGUGCUCUGGGAGCACUUUCUCGAGGCGUUCUCGGGCCGCGAGGCCGUGCACCAGCACCUCGGCCGGCUGCACCACCAGCUGCGCGUGCGCCGCUUCGCCGAGGGCUUCUUCGUCCUCGAGAACCCGCGCAGCUCCGCGGCCGGCUGCUACGACGCCAACUACCAGUCCUACCAGGCCGUCAGCGAGGCCGCGCGCCGCUCGCGCUACCUCGCCAGCCUGCCCAACCUGCCCGUCCACUGUCCCGAGCUCGACGGCGACCUGCACAGCCUGCCGCUCAUCUUCGAGGACCGCUACGCCGACAUGCAGCAGCGGCACCGCAACAGUGGUGAUGAGCCUUGCACAUGCACAUUCAUGCCGAGCAUGGACGACUGCAGCUGCGGGAUGGGCGCCGCGCUGGACUCGCGGCUCGCCGGCGGCGGUAGCAGCAGCAGCAGCGUGUGGUCGCCGAGGUCGGAGGGCGCGGGCGGCGCGGGGGGCGCUGCCGGCCAGGCCGACCUGCUCGCGGGCUACUCGAGUCGGCUGAUGAUCGCAGCGGCGGCCGCCAUGGCGACGACCGCCACGACUCUCCCCGGGGCCAGGCACAGCAAGUCGCUCGACCAGCUGGGCCCCGAGCUCGACCAGCAGCAGCAGCAGCAGCAGCAGCAGCAGCAGCAGCGAGCGACGAGCGCGGCUUCCGCCGCUGUCGGCCCGGGCCACCAGCUGACACUGCAGCACCAGCAGCAGUCGCACCAAUCGAGCAGGACGCUGCCGCGCAGCGCGUCCACCCAGCUGAUCAGCAGGAUCGCCACGGCGCCGGCCAGCGUGCCCUCGCGGGGCAAGCAGCGCCCCCUCGCGCCCAGCUGCACCAGUCUGUUUCCAGCUUGCUCGGCGCCCAAUCCCAGCCUCGGCUCGACGCCCGUCGCGACGCUGCCGAGAGCCAAGUCCAGCCAGACCCUCGCGCCGAGCAGCCUGCAGCAGCCGCAGCAGCAGCAGCAGCAGCAGCAGCAGCCUCAGCCCCAGGCCAGCAGCAGCUCGAUAACGUCGCUGCUCGCGGCUAUGUUUCCAGAGAUACCCCGCAGCGAGCAGCUGCCUGGCUACAGGCCACCCGACGCGACCAGUCUCGACUUUGCCCAGCUCGCCGACUCGCUCGCCUUUGACGGAAGCAGCUCGCUGAGACUGGAGCCGCGCAGCCACCGACUGCGCCAACCGCUGGACGGGCUGCUCGAUCGGCCGCGCGCCAACGGCGAACCCCUGUGCACCGCCACGCUCGACAGGCUCAGCUAUCACGCCGAUCGCGCCGAUCGCGCCGCGAGCAAGCACACCGUCGCCAACAGGAGUGGCCAGAGCGUUGACCAGCCGCGCAAGUACAACACCUUGGGUAGGUCGACGGGACGAGGCCACUCGAGGAGUCGCGCAGCCGACCAGCAAAGCUUGCUCAACGGCUCGGGUCUGCAUCCGGCAGAUGUCUACGGCAGUCUGCUCGGUCAGGAUGUUUCGGAGGGCAGAUUCAAUGGCAAGCUGCCCAACCGACCACGCAGUACCGAGCGCAUAUUUGACGAUAAAGUCCAAGACGACAGUCCCUACGAGCAGAUCAACCUACGCGAGCGCAUCAACAAACGCUCUAGCUCCGAGAGCAACAGGAAAUCUCUGCCUCGGCAGACCAACGGCAAUAGCAGCAGUGGCGGCAAUUACAACAAUAACAAUGCAAUUAACAAUAAUAGGAGCAGCAGCAGCGCGACCAACAAUAAUAUGAACGGCAGCGGCGGCGGCAGCAGCAGCAGCAGCAACAACAACAGCAGCAACAACAACAGCAACAACAACAACAACAACGAGAAGUAUUCGUGCGCGAAGAGACGCAGCCAGAUCACCGCAGCUGGGACCGAAAGACGAAAGGAGUCGACGUACGAGACGAUCGCGAUCGAGGCUGUGCAGCAACAAAAUGGCAGCGGGCCAAAAAGCGGCCAGCACGAGCCGCAGCAGGCGACAACGCCCAACAACGCAGAAGGAGACUCGUCGCUGCAGCAUCGUCGACAGCUGCAUCAGCACAGGCCGAACAGCAACGCUGUCAGACCGCAUUCGGCGGCUGCGCCGAGUAUCAAGGUCGACGAGUGCCCGGACGAGCAGCUCAAGAACGGGAAAGCCCCCGCAGCGGUGCCGGAAAAUCGGAGAAGUAACAGUCCUGGAAAGCUGGGUCAUCCGCCACCACCCGCAGCCUAUCAGGACCCCAGCAGCUCACCGACGACGAUCAAGCAACGGCCGAGCGGAAGCAUCUUCGAGCUGGAAAACAACAACAGGCUAGCUUUGAAGAUCGAAGCUCUCAAGUCACCCACCGAGUCGCUGAGUCCGGGGAUCCUGUCUCCUGUCUCGGCAAUUUCCGUCAAUUCGUUCACUGUUGAAACCGGAGGCGACUUGACACCUACUGCUGCCGGAAAGCUUCAGCGGCUGCGCUGCGCCAGUGUGCCAGUAGCCCACAAUAAGCUCGUGGUUCCUCGUAGUGCGGUAUCCAUGCCUUGUAUGCCUAUUCGCGACACUCCGGUGCUAGAAGCAACAGCAGCAGCCCGCGACGCUGGCGAAGAAUCGGAUGCCGUUGCAGCUGCUGUGGCUGCGGCAAAUAUUUCGCCGCCGUCCACGAGGCCAUCCAGUCCCUCUGAGAGUACAACUUCGAGCAAUUUGACCUCGGAGUGCAGCGGUUGGGUCAGCAGUGGAGAUACCUCGAGCUCGGAGCAGCGCCGUGUCAAACUCUCGAGUGAUCAGCUUCGACAAAAGCUGGCCAAGAUUGCAGCAGUGCCUACGCGGCAACCGGAUAAGAAUGAGAAGGAGCGACGCCGAGAAAAGCACCAGAAGACAAUGUCCCAUCAGAAGAAAAAAUCAUCGACACAGUCAUCCGCCAGCAAGUCGGCCAAAAUCGAGUCCCUUGCGGAACAUACGUACGAGGAAGUCCGUUUACCGCCACCGAAAAUGUUUCAAGACGAACCACCACCUCCCGAAGAAUUUCGCGAUCCUCCUGUUGCGUCUGCCAGUGCAACUACUAUCGACAAUCCCCUCUACCAUGUCUACGAGUCUGUCAAGCAGCAGCAGCAGCAGCAGCAGCAGCAGCAGCAGCAAAAACAUCACCGUCAGCAUCAUCUUCACCAUCACCUGCAGCAGCAGCAGCAGCAGCAGCAGCAACAGCAACAUCAGCAGUUCAGAAACGGUGGCAGAUCUACCAGCCCGAAACAAACCAAAACAGCACCUUGCAGUCCUCAGCGCACAAAGCAGCCGCUGCCCGACGCCAUUGGCAGGCCGACUUACGGCAUGGGCAGUAGACACGAUGUGUGCGCCGAUUGUUACCAAGAAGGCAAACAACUAUUACAAUCAACGCAGAAUGAUUUUAUCAAUUUUAAGAAAAAUAAAGAAGACUUUAAGCGACAAAUGUGCUUUGCCGGCAAACUGUACAGUGACUAUCCGGUAUUGGCAUCGACGCUCCCGUACUUCCAUAUCAGCGACGAAUACAGACUGUUCUCCCCCGAGGGAGUACACCUUAUAAUUUGCGUGCACGGCCUCGACGGCAACGCAGCCGACCUACGCCUGGUCAAGACUUACCUUGAGCUUGGACUUCCUGGCAUGCAUUUGGAUUUUCUGAUGUCCGAGAAGAACAAGGGUGACACCUUUUCGGACUUUGACACCAUGACUGACAGACUGGUUGGCGAGAUACUAAAUCACAUCGAGAGCUCGGGCCUGAAUCCGGCGAAGGUGAGCUUCGUCGGCCACUCACUCGGGACCAUUAUAAUACGCAGCGCUUUAACGCGACCGCAGCUCCGUCCGCUACUGCCGCGACUGCAUACCUUCCUCAGCCUGAGCGGCCCUCAUCUUGGCACGCUUUACAAUACGAGCGGCCUCGUGAAUGCCGGAAUGUGGUUCAUGCAAAAAUGGAAAAAAUCGGGUUCACUGCUCCAGCUAGCAAUGAAAGACGCCUCCGACGUACGCCGCUCCUUCAUGUUUCGACUGAGUCAGAAGAGCAACUUGCACAAGUUUAAACACGUUCUUCUUUGUGGAAGUGCUCAGGAUCGCUAUGUGCCUCUGCACUCAGCCCGCAUCGAACUCUGCAAGGCUGCCGUUCGCGAUCCAACGGACCAAGGCACAGCAUACCGCGAAAUGGUGCACAAUAUUCUCUACCCAAUAAUGUCGGCGCCAAGCGUCAGCCUAGUGCGCUACGAUGUUCACCACGCCCUUCCACCGACGGCCAAUGCUCUCAUCGGCCGAGCAGCUCACAUCGCCGUCCUCGACUCUGAACUCUUUAUCGAGAAGUUCCUCCUAGUCACGGGCCUCAAGUACUUUAGAUAAAAGCCCCUCCCCCCCCCCUCUCUCUCUCUCUCUCAUUCUCUAAAAAAUCUAUCAAUUAAAUCUUUCUUCCGUCAUCAGCUCUAUACAUUUUUACCGGCGAAAGGCCAUUCAGUACAUAGUAUUAUCAUUUACGAGAACAACACACAUGUAGAUGAACAGCAAGAGAUAUACGAAAUCCGAAAUUUAUUUUAUCUCUAACUCUGUAAGAUAUGCGCGUAUGAAUGGUGAUCUCAAGUAUUGGUUCGGUUUUCAUUUUUUCACUCUUGAGGUGCCACCACAUUUUCUAUAAAGAUAGGCUAACGUUAAAUUCAUCGUCUUUUUACUCCCAACUUCCAGAUAAUUGGCUAUUAUCUGACUCAAAAAAAUUACAUAUCUAUUUCUUAUCGCUGCCUUCGCGCUAAAGCAACCUCGAUGACGUUUGUCAACGAGGAUUCUUGAGGAAAUCUUGAGCAAUGAAUUGACUAUCUUCUCUAACCCUAAACUUGAAGGUUGACAAACUGCACAUCCAAACAACCAACUGGCCAUGUGUUAUUUUGAUAGUAGGACACUUACUUUGUGUACAACUGCUGGGCUGCUUUCUGCAUUUCCUGGAGAUUAGUCCGACGUAUGCCAAGAAAGUCGGAAUAAUUCACUCUCGAUUCAACUUCGUUUUAUUUGUAUUUAUUGAACUUUAAAUGAUUUUAACAAGACCAAGUGAGAUUUCGUUAUUACUGUUAGCUCUGUCGACAGUCGAAUAAUGCUUUCUAUAGUACUUAGCUUACUUCCACACGACGCUAGGAAGAACUAUAGCUUGUAACUUUUGAAAAGUAGCCAAUUUUCUAGAAUUGGGAGCAAAGCAGAGAUAAUUUUAACGUUGUUCGUACAUCCAUGUAGGGAGCAUGGUGUUCCCUUGUAACGGCAUUUUGAAAUUCUACAGCACAGAUAAUAGUACAUUAAAAUAAAAACUAACUUGUGUUUAUGUCGGUAGUCUGGAUUUGACGAAAUUUCUUAUCUCUCAUAAUCUUCGAUCUUUAAGAUGUAAAAACAGAGCGGAAAUGAGUCUUUAAUAUAGGGAAAGUAGUUUAUAGACUGUAGAUAUGUGAAUGGUUUACACAAGUUUUCGAAUUCGAAACUAAAUCUCUGACCGUAACGUGUGGGAUACGACUUGUCGCCAAAGUUGAAUCAAGAGACUUUUUCUCAAGUUGGUAAUUUUUUUAAGAAUCAGGAGAUGAGUACAUUGAAACCGCUCAUUCUCUAUCGGCACAAUCUCGAUUUUUUAUGUACUGUUACACACUAAACGUAUUGCAACAUACAUACUAACUGAAAAGAGUGCAGCAGUCUUCAAUUGUAUGAAAUACUAUAAUUUUUUAUAAUGUAUAAUGAUAUUAAAAUAUUAGCAGCAACUUUGGAUUAGCUAAUGUUUUUUUUUAUCUUUACUAUUAGAAAAAGGAAAAGAGAAAAAUCGAGUGCGCCGUUUUGUUAGCGAUGAUGUCGUGAAAAUGAUAUAGGUACUGAUGUUUCAAGCAUACAUAUUUCAAAAAUAUGUUGGCUCGACUGAUGUUUGUAAGGACGCUUCAUUUAUGCACAAUCACAUUAACAACAACAACAACAACAACAAAACUAUGAUGUUAAAGUUGUAAAUUUUACGUACAAUUUUCUUGAAAAAUUCUGCUCAGUCCUGAUUAAGGGCUUUCGGGAGCAUAUAUUGGUAUACAGUAAGCGGAGCAAAUAAGGGUACUAGGUCAUAUAGUAUUAGGAAUUUGAUCUUAUAUAUACCCUUCGUUCGCGGAAGCGAGCUGUGACAAAGCUCCGUGAACUCGGUGACUGAAAAAUUAUCAUUUGUUUUGUUUAUAUGUGCUACUGAGUGCCCUUAUAUAAUUGAAUGCCAAGUUAAUAUUGAGCUUGUAUACAUGCCUUUAUUUUAUUUAAAUAUAAUAUACUGACAAUAUUGAGUUCCUAUUAAUAAAUUCAGCAAAAGAACAUCUCUGCAGUAAAAUUAUAAGCUCAUUAUGUUAAAAAUGCGUUUUAAUUUAUCAAUAAUAUAAUAUUUAUUAAUAAUCAGGGCCUAAAUGUCUAUGUCACGCACUAUGGCAGUACGAAGAGUAAAUGCGUGUUAUUUAGCUAUUUGAAGGGAAAAAGGUAUGCGCCAUUAAUAACGUCUUUAUGAAUUAGAAUUUAUUUGAUUGAGAUAUAUUGUUGUAUGGAUAUAGCUAAUGCUAUAAGGCCAGAAAAAAGUACGUACACAAAAAUCUUUCCUUCUUCAUUUGCAAUUAUUUUGACAUCAUAGAUUCGCAGUCAAUUUAAACAAUGUAGCAUUUAUGUAUAUACGCAGACUAAUAAUAUUGGAAUGCCCUUAUUAGGCUCAAAAGUAAUUUAUUUGUAAAUAAACUUCUACUUAUACAUUUUAUGUUGUAAAACACGCGUAUAAAAGACAAUUUUCGACGCCUGUAAAUUGGAGCGAAAAAACGAGUUUUCCGAGCGUCAAAAAUAUAGUGAAGCAGAAAUGUGUAUUUUCGCAAAAACUUUUGACCAUACAUAUGCACUUGUGCGCGUUUGUGUGUGUAUGUGUGUGAGUGCGCGCACGCACGCGUGGGUAGAUAAACUCAAGUAAAGUGGACCACUCGAAAAACUAUUCUCAAUCCAUUUUGUAGGCGACCAAACUGGUUUUUAUGCACUCUUUCUAAAGAAAGCCAACAUGUGUUUCUUUAUUGUACUAAUUAAUUGAUUAGUUUUUAAAAAGAAUAGAUAUGUCUAUUACUUUUGUACAAAUAUAAAUAUACAUUGAGCCUUCUCAAAAAAAAAAAAAAAAAAAAAAAAAAAAAAAAAAAAAAAAAA